AUGAAUUCUCGACCAACCUUCUAUGUAUUCCAUGGAAAGGUCAACAAAGCCGUUACAAGUAUCGGCACCAGCCCAUGGGACGACUCCUGUAAACGUCGCCGCAAGCUCGCAGCUGGGGCAUUGAAUCGUCCGCGGGUAGAAAGCUACGCGCCUAUCUUGAAUUUGGAGGCACGAGAGUUUCUCAAAGACCUAUACGAAGAAUGCUGUGGUGGUUCGGUGGAUCUCGACUUCCGUCCGGCUGUCAGGCGCUUUGCCCUCAAUCUUAGCCUGACGCUCAACUAUGGGACAAGAGCCUCCCAUGUCAAGUCCCUGGAGGAAGAUCCUCUAUUUUCCGAGAUAAUUUAUGUCGAAUCCGAGAUCUCAAAACUUCGCGACACAAGAAAGAACUACACUAACUACAUACCCUUGCUGCGAUACUGGGAGCCGAUUGCUAGUGUGUUAGGUUUACAGUCCACACCGAAGAAUCACGCUGGGGACAUUGGCCGUCGAAGAUUGGAAUACAACGACGUACUCCUCAGCCGACUAAAAGACGAGAUUGCUCGGGGUAAAGACAAGCCCUGCAUUCAAGGCGCUGUUCUGAAAGACCCUGAGUCGGCAACCCUUACGCGAGAGGAGUUGAUCAGUGUGAGCCUCAGUAUGAUGGCAGGCGCCGACUCGAACCAGCCUACCUUGGCUUGGGCUAUUCUUCUACUUGCACACCGCCCUGAUAUUCAAGACAAAGCAUAUGCUGCCAUCCAAGAUGCUGGUGUUCUACAGCAAUCAUCCAACACAUAUGCUUCUAAAAAGAUUGACUACAUAGAUGCACUGACAAAGGAGAUCUCGAGAUACUUUGUCGUCUUGAAGCUCGCGCUACCAAAGGCGACAUACGCUGAUGCCGCCUGGGAAUCCGCCACGAUUCCGGCCAACACUCUAGUUUUCUUGAACAGCUGGUCCUGCAACAGAGGUGACUUUGCCACAACUCAGAUGAAAUGUCAUAUUAGACUGACCGCCAAGCCAGACCCUGACCUAUUCAAGGAACCCGAAGUAUUCGCCCCUGAGCGUUGGCUUCCAGAUGCACCGGAUCAAUACGCGCAUCAAUUCGCCUUCGGACCGCGCAACAUCCGAACAUCGGGGACCAGACUGCAUGCAGUCAGCAGCCACUCGCAACUGAUCAUUGUGAAGGAUAACGGACUUGGUGCAAUGUCUUCUCCAAACCUCAACGCUGCCGACCUCUUCGGCGUCAAGGGCCUCAUCGCCGUAGUCACGGGUGGGGGAACUGGCAUCGGUCUCAUGAUUGCACAAGGCCUCGAGGCGAACGGGGCAAUUGUAUACAUCAUCGGCCGACGGAAAGAAGCUUUGGAACAGGCGGCAAAGACAGCUAAAAACGGCAACAUUCGCACCAUCCAAGGUGAUAUCACCUCAAAGAGCGACCUCGAGCGAGCGGUCGCAGAGAUCAAGGAGGCUCACGGAUACGUCAACGUCGUCAUCGCCAACUCAGGCAUCGGCGGACCGGCUCUCAAGGGCUUGCCCCCUAACCCGACCAUUGCUCAGUACUGCGACUUUGUCUUCGGCUGGGAGCAGAAGGACUUCACCGAGACCUUUGCUGUGAACGCUACCGGCGUGUUUUUCACGGUCGCAGCAUUCCUGGAACUUCUCGAUGAGGGUAACAAGCGCAGCAAUUUCAAGCAGAGGAGCCAAGUCAUCGCGACUAGCAGCAUUGGCGCGUACAACCGCAACCCGAUGGGCUUCGCUUAUGGAGCGUCAAAGGCAGCUGUGGUGCACAUGUUCAAGCAACUGAGCACCACGCUGGUCCCAUUCAACAUCCGCGCCAACGUAAUUGCGCCUGGAUUCUACCCGAGUGAGAUGACAACGGCAACGGUCGAGGCCCACAAGGAGGGUUGGCCCAAGACUACCAUUCCUGAAGAGAGGGCGGGAGACGUAGAAGAUAUGGCUGGCGCUGUGUUGUUCUUGGUUAGCAGGGCAGGCGCUUACACCAACGGCAAUGUGCUCGUGACAGACGGUGGAAGGCUUGGAAUCGUGCCGUCUAGCUACUGA